AUGUCCGACUACCCACCUCUAACGAGCAUUGCGCUAAAAGUUCUAUUCCGACAUUUUACGCAGUACCAGGAGCUUCUAGAAGAUCUGAAACAGGUUCAACUUCUUGUUUCAUCCGACGAUGUUGAAAACUACCGUCAAGUGGAUCGUGAUUUGUUUAUACUGAAGAACUUGACAGAGAAAUCUGAGUUGUGGGUGCAUGGUGAUCGUCAUCAUUCUGUAGAAGGAAAAGAUCAUGGAGAAGACAAAACGGUAAAGUUAUUGAUUGGUGAAGACCGAAAUCUUGCUGCUGCGGCUCUACAAGAACUCAGUGAUCGUACACCCCUGAUUGCAUAUCCUUUGAUUCGCCAAAUUCUGGUCCGUCUGAAGAAACUUUGCUACAAGAAGGAUCGACCAGAUAGCAUGAAUCAACAAUUGUUAAAAAACAUGCGCGUUUACGAAGUAGUUCUUGAAUUCUUAAGCAUUCCUUACGAUAAGAAAAACGACGCCGAAAUGCCGAAGCUAAUCACCCUUUCACAUGAAUUCCUUCGCAGUUUCUGCAAGGGUAACAAAGAAAAUCAGAGCCGAUUGCAUAAAUUCAUCUCUAUCGAAAAGGAUGCCAAAGAGGGAACACUGAAAGUGGAAACGUCACGUAAUGCUGUAUUCCUGGAACUACUUCAAUCACUAGUCUGCAUUCAUGACAAGGAAGUAGAAGCAAGUCAAGACAAAGUUGCAACGGAGAUUUGCACAGCUUCUGAUGAGGUUCGUGCACUGUAUGUCGACAAUGCAUCUUUCGAACAACUUGAGCAGAUGAUGAAGCAAGCGCCGCCUUACUUGGACAACACUCAUCCCUUAAAGUAUCAUAUUGAACUAGUCAGACUGCUAGCGUUGUGUACACGAGGAAAAAACGGUAGCACAGAAUUAAAAUGUGCAUCAGAAAUCCCAAUGGAUCAUAUUGUCCGCGUUGUCACUUCACCAUCUUGCUUGACAGAG